AUGUCUACUGCUGGUCAGGUUAUCAAGUGCCGUGCUGCUGUCGCGUGGGAAGCUGGCAAGCCUUUGUCCAUUGAAGAAGUCGAAGUUGCUCCUCCCAAGGCUCAUGAAGUUCGUAUCAAGAUCUUGUAUACUGGCGUUUGCCACACGGAUGCCUACACUCUUUCUGGCAGUGAUCCCGAGGGUGUAUUUCCUUCAAUCCUUGGUCACGAGGGUGGCGGUAUUGUUGAGUCUGUCGGUGAAGGUGUUACCGAAGUUGCUCCCGGCGACCACGUCAUUCCUUUGUACACUGCUGAAUGUCGCAAGUGCAAGUUCUGCUUAAGCGGCAAGACCAACCUUUGUGGCUCUGUUCGUGCUACUCAGGGCCGUGGCUUGAUGCCUGAUGAGACCACUCGUUUCACUUGCAAGGGCAAGCCUAUCUACCAUUACAUGGGUUGCUCCACUUUCUCUGAAUACACUGUGGUUGCCGAUGUCUCCGUUGUCAAGGUCGACCCUAAGCCAAGUCUUCAAAAGCUUUGUCUCUUGGGUUGUGGUAUCACCACUGGUUUUGGCGCUGCUACCAAGACUGCAAAGGUCACAGAAGGCUCUUCGGUUGCUAUCUUCGGUAUGGGUUGUGUCGGUUUGAGCGUUGCACAAGGAUGUGUCAACAAUGGUGCUAGCCGUAUCAUUGCUGUUGACGUGAACCCUGGCAAGGAAAAGGUUGCUCGCGAAUUUGGCUGUACCGAAUUUGUCAACCCCAACGACUAUGAGAAGCCUAUCCAACAGGUCCUUGUUGAUAUGACUGAUGGUGGUCUCGACUACACCUUUGAUUGCACAGGCAAUGUCAAUGUCAUGCGUGCUGCUCUUGAGGCAUGCCACAAGGGUUGGGGUGAAUCUACCAUUAUUGGUGUUGCUGCUGCUGGCCAAGAAAUCAGCACUCGUCCUUUCCAACUUGUCACAGGCCGUGUCUGGCGUGGCUCUGCAUUCGGUGGUGUUAAGGGUCGCACUGAAAUGGGAGGCCUCGUUCAAAAGUACCUUGAUGGCAAGCUCAAGGUUGACGAGUUUAUCACUCACACCUUUGAACUCAACGACAUUAACAAGGCUUUCGAUGCUAUGCACUCUGGCUCUUGCAUCCGUGCCGUUGUCGAUGUCGCUAAGCCCUAA